AUGACGAAUUUGUAUGGUCUAAGGAAAUUCAAAGAGACAUGGGAAAACAUCGAUUUGGUCACCUUACGAGCUUAUUUUGGUUUGCUAUUAUUGGCGGGUGUUUACCGUUCGAAAGGUGAAUGCAUGACUGAAUUGUGGGAUGACAAGCGUGGACGGCCGAUAUUUAGAGCAACAAUGUCGUUGAAAUACUUCAAGUAUUUGAAUUCAUGCAUACGUUUCGAUGACAAAGAGAAUCGACUUGAUCGACUUGCAAGAGAUAAGCUCGCUGCGAUUCGUAAUGUUUUCGACAAAUGGAAUAAAAAUUUGCGAACAAUGUAUGUGGUUGGCGAUUGCGUUACUGUCGACGAACAAUUGAUUCCGUUUCGUGGCAAAUCACCGUUCACACAAUACAUCCCAUCUAAACCGUACAAAUAUGGCAUAAAAGCAUGGGCGUUAUGUGACUCGCGUACAUUUUAUGCAUACACAUGCAAAUCUACACCAAAAGUAGAUAACAACGCAACAUGCAAAUCUACACCAAUAGUAGUAAAGUUGGCAAAGAGCUGA